AUGCCGAAGAUUAAUUUCACGGCGAACGACACUGCAUAUACGAAGAGCUAUUAUCUAACAGAUGGAGUAUAUCCUGAGUGGGCUACUUUUGUUAAGGCUUUUCCUUGCCCGGAGGAUCCCAAGAGGAAGUUGUUUAAGGAAAGACAGGAGUAUGCAAGAAAAGAUGUUGAACGGGCAUUUGGGGUGCUCCAAUCUCGAUGGGCGAUUGUCAGAGGUCCAGCUCGACGCAGGGGCAGUAUCAGAUGCAAGGCGGCCGAGCUCUCCGUCCUCUGCGGCGCCGAGAUCGCCGUCCUCGCCUUCUCCCGCAGCGGCAAGCCCUUCUCCUUCGGCCACCCCUCCGUCGACUCCGUGCUCGCCCGCUUCUCCUCCGCCUGGCCUGUUCACGAUGCGCAGCGAGCUGACGGAUCCGUUUUCCGCGGAGGAGCACGAUAG